AUGUCCCUGGACUUUCAAUUCUACCAGUACACCCCAUCUUUGGCCGCAGCCAUCAUUGCGUGCAUUUUAUUUUGCAUUGCAACCCUUUUUUGUGCAUAUCAAUUCACAGCAGCAUUGAGAAAUCGAAGUCAAACGGCAUUGAAAAAAAUUUUAUCGCUUAUUCCUUUUCUAUUGGGAGGUUUAUUUGAAAUAGUUGGGUAUGGAGCUAGAGCUCUGUCUUCUAAGAACGACGAAUCAUUGACUCCCUAUAUCAUUCAGUCGCUUCUUUUGUUGGUUGCACCAGCGUUAUUUGCAGCCACUAUAUAUAUGACAUUGGGGCACGUUAUUCGGGUUACAGGAUGUGAAAACCUCUCGGUUAUACCAUUGAAGUGGCUUACCAAAAUCUUUGUAUGUGGAGACGUUCUUUCGUUUCUUGUUCAGGCUGGGGGAGGAGGUAUUAUGUCUCAAGGACAAGACCAAAUGAAACUUGGCGAACAUAUUGUUAUUGCUGGAUUGAUCAUCCAAAUAGUCUUCUUUGGCAUUUUCAUUGUUGUGAUGAGUGUUUUCCAGUACAGAAUAAGCCAAAGACCUUCGCCAGCUGCUAUGCAUUAUCGUUAUCAGCCUUCAUCAACUCGAAACUGGCAGAUGAUUCUUGUGAUUUUGAUGAUCUGUUCUGUGUUGAUCUUUGUCCGUUCUGUCGUUAGAUGUGUUGAAUAUGCCCAGGGCAACGACGGAUACAUUAUUUCUCAUGAAGUGUUUCUUUAUGUGUUUGAUGGCCUCUUGAUGUUUUUGAAUAUGGUGGUGUUUAUGUCCCAAAAUUUGGGCUCAUACUACAACAGGGACUUUCGUUCUAGCCAACAUUUGGCAGUGCAGCCUAUAUAUGACUGGGAAAAGUAG